AUGCACGAUCCAGUUCCCGAUACACCCGGAAGGGAUAGAAACCCUGCACCAGGUACCCCCGAUCCUGACGAAGACCAUCACGAUACUAUUGCCACUGUCCCCCUCGGAGCGCAUACAUUGACUCCGUCGCAACGAUUGACACAACCGACGCAAUUGGUCGAUUUGCCAUACUCACGACCCUCGGCAUCGGUUGUUCAAGUGGCCGCUUCUUCGCCGACCGCCCCUGCGAAUUCACCACCGCGCCGACCCCCCGGUGGUAUUUUAUCCUCGCUGAUGGCCCCUUCAGGGACCCAAUUCCGCUCCCCUGCAACAUCCCUCGGACCUGCGAAGCGAACACCUGUUUUCGACCUGGAAGACGGUCCUACUUAUCGAGGCGGCUCAUCUGAUGAUGACGAGAACACUUCGGCUCAAAGCACUGAUAUUAAACCCGCAAUGUUCGCAAAGGCUGCCCGAAGCCCGGAGAAGGAGAAGAUCGCAGAGUCGCCAGUCCGAUCCGACGGAACCAGCAUGGAUCGGUUUAAACAAAUUACAUCCUCCGCCAUGUUUGAUCCCAAUUCAACCGGCACAAAGCGCUCGGCGGAUCAAAUGAGUCCACCAGCUGGACCCAAGGGCGUCGCCACCAAGAAGGUGCGACAGGAUGCGCCCUCCCGUGCUCAGCCCGUGGCACCGCGAUACACCUCGGUCCAUGAAAUUGAGGAUUACCGUCUACAGAUCAAGGUAAAUCGCAUCCAGAGUGUCCUUCCCAAUAAAUCUGUCCAAGAUUGCGUCGACGCCCUCCUCGAAGUGAACGGAAACUACGACACGGCCCUGGAUCGCCUUGCGCACAGCCACGACGUACUGGUUAUCGAGUCUUCGGAAGACGAGCUGAAUAUGCCAGCCCCCCGAGACUCGGUUCCGGCGCCUAUGGCCAAGCAGAAAAUUAAAGCCCGGGGUACGAUUCAGGAUAAGUGGGCUUCCAUGAACAGACCUGUUACCCAGCGUGAACAACCUGCUGAGGCAGCGAAGCCCCGUGGCCGUCUUAUCCGUGGACCCAAAAACCUCCCUAUCGCUAUCACUUCUUCCCCGCCUCCGCAAAAGAAGGGAGGCCGACUUCAGAAAGGUCGACGCCGACCAAGCCCAAGCCGUUCAGAAUCACCCGAGGCGGCGCUUUCAGACUCCGACGACUCCGAUGUUCAGGUUCAGGAUGCGAACGAUAGCAGUCUAGAUGGCAAGGUCCUCAAAUUCUUCAAUACUUGCAAUCCCCACGAUAUUGCCGAUAUCGCAUCAGUCCCACAAGAAACUGCCGAACUCAUUACCUCUCAUCGACCGUUUCGUUAUCUUUCCGAGGUUCGCACUGUACAGGCGCCUGUUGAUGAGUCGGCUAAGCCAAAGGGCCGACCUCGCAAGCAACCUAAGGCCAUUGGAGAUAAAAUUGUGGAUAAGUGUCUCGAGAUGUGGACUGGCUAUUUAGCAAUCGACGCUCUUGUUGCCGAGUGCGAAGGAUUAGGCCGACCUGUCGCCGAGGAGAUGAAGAAAUGGGGCGUGGAUAUGUUUGGAAAACGCGACGGGGAGCUUGAGCUUACUUCGAUGAUCAACACACAUGACUCUGGUAUAGCGACACCAUCAUCAAACCACCAAUCACCCACCGGCGACGGCAACGAUUCUGAUGAUGAUGGCCCGGUGGCAGUAUCACGCAAGCCAAAGAGUGCGGGAUUCAUCACUCAGCCGGAAAUAAUGUCGAAAGACCUCGAAAUGAAGGAUUAUCAGGUUGUCGGUAUCAACUGGCUGUCUCUUUUAUUCGAGAAGGAAUUGAGUUGUAUCUUGGCCGACGACAUGGGUCUCGGUAAGACCUGCCAAGUCAUUGCUUUCCUGGCCCACCUGCACGAAAAGGGGACGAAGGGUCCCCAUUUGGUUGUGGUUCCUGCAUCGACCAUCGAGAACUGGCUUCGUGAAUUUCAAAAGUUUUGUCCGGCUCUGAAUGUCAUCCCCUAUUACGCAGGCCAAAACAUGCGUGCAGAGAUCCGACAGCAAAUCGAAGACAGCCUCGAGGAUGACCCGGACAGCGUCAAUGUUAUUAUCACCACUUAUACUAUUGCCAAGGCCAAGGUCGAUUCCAAAUUCCUUCGUGAGAUGGAUUUCUCGGUCUGUGUUUACGAUGAGGGACACAUGUUGAAAAACCACCAGUCGAUGCUCUACGAGAAGCUUAUUCGCAUUCCGGCGCGGUUCCGUCUUCUCCUCACGGGUACGCCUCUUCAGAACAAUCUGCAAGAGUUGGCGUCUCUCCUUGGAUUCAUUCUGCCUAGUGUCUUUAAGGAGCACCAAGAAGACUUAAACGCGGUCUUCUCCAACAAGGCCAAAACGACCGACGAAUCACACGCGACUCUCCUCUCAGCACAAAGAAUCGAACGUGCCAAGUCCAUGCUGAAGCCAUUCGUUCUCCGCCGCAAGAAGCACCAAGUCAUCGACCUCCCCGCAAAACACGCCCAUGUCCAAUACUGCGAGAUGAAGCCCUCUCAACAAGCCAUUUACGACCACGAAAAGGAAGGCGUCCGCCAACUCCUCUUGGACCGCGCAAAUGGCGUCAAAACCGGCUCCAAAUCCGCCAACAUCCUCAUGAAGCUCCGCCAAGCCGCCAUUCACCCUCUCCUCCGGCGACGAGUAUAUACCGACGCCAUUCUCCGCAAGAUGUCCACCGCCUGUCUCAAAGAAGAGAAGUGGUCCUAUUCUGACCCGAACAUCAUCUUCGAAGAACUCCAACCAUACAACGACUUCGAGUGCCACCAGAUGUGCAUCGCCAACCCGCGCAGCCUGGGCAAAUUCAAGCUCCAGAACGACGAAUGGAUGGACUCGGGCAAAGUCGAUAAGCUUCGCGAUCUCCUUACGCGCUUCAUCGCCAACGGCGACAGAACCCUCAUCUUCUCCCAAUUCACCAUGGUCAUGGAUAUCCUCGAGGACGUUCUAGAAACACUACACAUUCAAUUCGUCCGACUAGACGGGCGCACGAAUGUCGAGGACCGCCAGUCUAUCCUCGACGCCUUCCACGAAAAUACCGAGAUCCCCGUUUUCCUGCUCUCGACUAAAGCCGGUGGUGCAGGAAUCAACCUUGCCUGCGCGAAUAAGGUUGUUAUCUUCGACUCGUCGUUCAAUCCGCAGGAGGAUGUUCAGGCGGAGAAUCGUGCUCAUCGUGUUGGACAAACUCGGGAAGUUGAGAUCUUCCGCUUUGUUACGAAGGGGACGAUUGAGGAGCAGAUUUACAAGCUUGGUCAGACUAAGCUGGCGCUUGAUCAGGCUGUUGCGGGUGAUGAGGAUGGUGGGAAGGCGGAGGAGAAGGGGAUGAAUAUGGUAGAGAUGAUGGUUCUUGAGGAGGAGCAAAAAGCAAAUGGGGAAGAGAAAAAGGUGAAUGGGGUGAAUGGAGUAUGA